UCAUGAAUCAUAGUAUUACUUUUUCGAUCCCUGUUUAGGGGAAGAUAGUUAGUUCGAAUGCGAAUCCAGACUAGGAAGUACGCAAAAAAUGAAUAGUAAAAAAAAAUGUCUUCUGAAAGUAAUUUUAAUAGGUGAGACGGGUGUCGGAAAAACAUCGAUGGUAAAGAGGUACGUAGAGCGGCGCUUCAGCAUUAAAGAAAAGGCUACAAUCGGGGUCAACUUAAGCAUCAAAGAGGUGACUGUCGACGAUCACUUGGUCACACUCCAGAUCUGGGACACUGCGGGACAAGAACGCUUUUAUUGUCUCACUAGCGGCUUCUACCGAGGUGUCGACUGCUGCAUGCUUGUCUUCGACGUUACUUCACGGGCCUCCUUCGAUGCCCUAGACAGGUGGCAUGACGAGUUUCUUAUACAAGCCAAUCCUCACGAUCCUGUACAUUUUCCCUUCGUAUUAGUUGGCAACAAGGUAGAUCUUGGCAACCGCGUCGUUUCUAAUCGAGAAGUAAAUGAAUGGUGCCAACGAAACAAUAAAAUACCCUACUAUGAAACGUCGGCUAAGAGAGGCACUAACUUGGAUUUGGCAUUUCAUACUUUGUCUUUGAAGGCUCUAGAGCUGGAGGCAGAUUCCAACGUUGAUGCGGACUUUCCUGUUACGAUCAUUUUGAAAUCUCCAUCUAAGCGUACCGACAAAUCACACUGUCAGUGUUAGUUUAAUAACAACGGAUCGAAAAUAAAUACCUUUUGGUUGGUAAUCGUAGUAA